AUGCAGUGCCAAUCUAUCUGUCCGAUUUGGUCCCUCACUUCCAGGUUUUUUACUCAGGUUGCCGAGCCCAGCUACGAACAUGGCGACAAACUCUGCGAUCCAGAAACUUACCAGCGUGAAUACGAGCUUACCCGACAAGUCCAGGCUGCUUUCCUAGCCAGAGAGAACGAGUUCGUGGAAAUGGUCGAAGAAGGCAAACGAAGCUACCAAGAAGCAUCGGAACUGCACGGCAGCCAAGACUCGAAUAGAUUUUCAUGUCAAGGUGAAGAUCGUCUUCUGGACGAGUAUGGACAGGAAGUGAACAGGUACACGACUUGCUUCUGCGACGAGAAAGAUUUGUGCGACUGGAGAGGCGUCGCCCAAGAAGCGAAAUGCAAGAACCCAGAGAAGGUGCGCGAAGAACUCGUUUCCAGCGUCAACAAGGGCUUCGUCAAAGCCUAUCUCAAAGAAGAAAUGACGCCGAUCAUGCUGAAGGUCUCGAAAAGCACUGGUGGAAACAUCCGCCGCGUCAUUAAAAAGUCGAAAAAGCUCCGGAAGCAAGUUUUGAAGGCGAUUCCAUCUUCGGAUGAUGGUUUGACCGAGUUCUUCGACCAAAAGGACAAACUGCAGAUCAUCAAUGACGUUCCGCAAAGGGCUCUAAAUAUUGAUUGA